AGCCCGAUCGAAGAUGAUUAGAAACCACGGCGGCUCGCGCCGGUCGCACGUACAUCGCGAAUUUCUCUCUCUUGCCGCGACCGACGCUAAUCCGUGAUCCAUUCCGUCUUCUUGCCGUCGGUCCUGGAAGAACGCACGACAAACGGCUGAGCAGCGUGACGACCUCCCGCGACGCGCGACGCUUCCUUCGCCGCCUCUUCGGCGCGCCUCGCGACCUUCGGUAUUGUCUAAUUGCCCUCUCCGGGGAGAUAAUCUGAUCGAGAUCAGGAGGAAAUGACUGAACUUCAAAGUGACGUAAAAUGACACCCGUCGAUUGUGUGGCGAAGCCCCCCCCUUCCCGUGCAAUCUUGCGGUGACGCGGUUCAUUCGCGGUAAUGCCAGUUAUGCUUCGCGAGUAAUGAAUCAGGGAGCUUCUGAGAGGAAGUUGAUUAAUAAUCGGUUGCAAUUCUCCCUCGACGUCAACCCGCUUUUCGUCGUUUCCUCGUUCUUUUCGUCGCUGCAGUGCGCGACUUUGGACUUCGCACCCCGAUGGCCAUCGGUGAGCGCGUGUGGUCUUCACGUAAUCUCCACGUGCUGAUGGUGCUAUGAAGCAAGGACCAAUCCAACAGAAUGGCGCGACUACGAGAAAGCCUUAAGCUGACCGUCGUGCUCCUGCUGACGAUCGGCCACUUGGCUGCGUUAUCAACCUGUCAGGAUCACAACGCGUCCACUACGACAAUCGGCAGCGAUCCCACUGUUGGCAUCGACUACACCUCGCCGCAGCCGUCGAACACCACAACCUCGGUCUCUCAAGAGACCACGACCUUGCCGGCCUCGACGACCGUCGAGGAGACGAAGGAGAUCCUCGACUCCGCGGAAACGGGUUUCCCGAAACGACACAAGAAGCCUUCCCAUCGUCACGAAGACAGGGAUUACGCCAUACCGUAUUCCGUGCACGAAGACGUGGAGGAUGGGUCCACGCGACCAAAGUACGUCGCUCAACCGCGGAUCGGCAAGGACGUCCCGCUGGACUUCGUGCCGACCAAGCUGCACGCGCAGGUCCGGGGAACGCACACCGUGAAGAGACUGCCGCAGCGAGAGGCGAUCAAGAGCGCCGAGACCGAUGAAGAGAAGCACAACGCGCACCGCUUGAGAGAGGUCGUCACCAACUCCAAGGUCAAUACAGUCUACACCGAGGAGGGCUACGAGGACUCGGCGUACGACCAUGCGGGCCACGUCAGAGACGCCGAUUUCCACGAGGGAUUCGCGCGGAAGCAGCACGAUCGGAUGGACGACAAACAUGACUCUUGGAGCGGGAAGAAGAAAAAGGGAGAGCACGGGAACUUGGUCCCCGAGGCGUUCAAGGAGUACGACGAGGACUAUCAGGACCAUUUGGCUGAGAGCAGGAAGCGCGAGGAGAAUUCGGAUGACGAGUACAACUUGAUAGGAUACGGCAAGGAUAAGAACGUCUGGGAGGGCUCAGAGUUGGAUCCCAAGCUCGUCGUUACGAAUGGCGUGCGAGAGUUGGAGGAGGACGUCGAGAAGGAUGCCGAAGAGGCCGAGAGGAACGAGAAGAUUUACCAAAAAGAACAAGAGUCGAAACCUCUCAGUGAGGUCGACAGUUCGGAGUCAGAAGAGACAGACGAUGAGGGUGACUUGAAGGAUGAAGAGAAUACGCCGGUCACUUCGAAGAAAGGGAAGAAGUCCAAUUCGUGGAACGAGAAGCAGAAGGAGCUUCACGAAGGGACUACCGUGCUUCCAUCAGAAGAUGGGACGAGUUCAACGAUCGGCCUUGAAAUCCCCGCGAGACCUCACGGUUUUGUGAAAAACUCGCUGAACUCUCAAGCGUACUCCGUCGAGCAGACCGCGGAUGCCUUCCGAGGGCUCGAUGAGCCGACGACGAUCAGUUAUAGCCAGCUCUUCUGGGAUUAUUUCAAGAAGUUAGAGUCGCCGAGCACACUCGUCCCGAACUCCACAGGACUGGAAGAGCUCACAUCAGUCACGGUGGCUACCUUCGACGGUCAGAGUCCAUAUCUGUCGGUCACGGAGGAGACCUCGACGUUGCCGCCGACGUUCUUCGGGACGCACAGUUUCCACCCGCAGAAUCUCUUCUCCGAUCAUGUGGAGUUUGGCUCCGUGCAAGAACCAACUCAUCAUCUACCAGGGCAAAGUGAUCAUAUCGACAACGUCAACAACGUCAUAGCCACGUCGACGUUCACCAAUUUGCAGCCUCUUCUGCCGCAGCCCUUCCAGCCCACAAAACUCGAAAAUACGGAGUACACAUCUUCUUCAACGUCUCUGCUCGACAAUCCAGUGUCCACCCCGGCUGUCAUGACGCUCAACAUCACCGAGGAAGCCUACGUACAGAUAGACGACUAUCAGGCGAAUCCUUUCCUCAGCCCUGUCCUCGACAACAGUAACAUCACCGUCGCCCGGAACAAGUCCAAGUACCGAGUGCUGGUGAGACCGACGCCGAAGAAAGCCGUCAAGUCAACAGACCUUCCUAAGUCGUUCCCUCAACAGACAUCACCGAGCACCCUGCAAGAGGACGACGACGACAAGAGAAUCCGCGACGAAUUGAGCGCCAAGUACACCAAGAUACUGGAUUACCUGAAGAACAACCGCAAGAUCAAGCCGCUCGUGAGCAACAAGAAGAUUAUCCUGCCGGGAGGCCUCACUCUGCUGCAACCGCCGUCUCUUCAUCAGCGAGCCGUCUUCCAUCCGAUCUUCCCGCCUACGAGCCGUCCGAGCGCGGAUCGCUCGAGCGUGUCCGUGGAAAGUGAGUCGCCGCGAGAGGCCAACAAUUGGAGAGGCGCGUCGCGCGAUCAGCAUCGCUCUCGACCGAGCGAACCGCCUUAUCAUGUCGAUCCCUUCGUCUUCGUUCAGCCCGUGCAGCUGAUCUAUCGCAAGAAUCAGCUUCCGGUCACGAAGCUGUUGCCACCACCUCCGCUGUCGCUGCUGCCGCCGACCGCGAAUGUUCACAGCGCGUACCGCAGCGGCAAGCAGCGCGACGAUUUCCUCUCCCACGUCGUCGGGAAAUCGCAGCAGCUGCAGCAACCACGCGACAACGCGCUGAGACUUUUGCCGCUGAUACCCGACGCGAGCUGGAGAACACGUUCCAGUGUGCGCCAAAAGAGGUCGGCCGAAGGUGAAUUUCGCUACGAUCAUGAAGGUGUGCAAGCAGCUGCAACUGACCGCGGCGGGUCGAAUUCACGAGAUGAAGACACGACGAACGAAACUGUCAGCGGAAGUAACACGAACGCCGAGGAAUCUGCGGAAAAGGAGAAGAGAUAUCUUUCGCAAGAUAAAAAGCGAUCGCGAGGAGACCGGAGGACGAGCCGAGCGAACCGCAGGGAUCACGAGGAGCUGCUGAACGAGUCUCCAAAAGUCAGCGCGGACGUCAUCGACAGAGAGAUCGCGACGCGUUUCAAUGAGACCAAGGACGCCAACGAGACUUCGACGGAGAACAAGGGCGGAGGGGUAGUCGAGGUCGAAGUUCCCGAUUUCGAUUACGUCGAAGAGUUCACCGAAGGCAGCCCAGUGGAAAGCUCCACGACGACAACGGAAGCCGUUAUAGACACGAAGAAGUACCCGUUUUAUAACAACGAAAACCUGCCUGUCGCGUCUGCCUUGAAGUAUGUGGUUGACCCCAGAACGAUCCCGCGAAAGACCUCGCGCGGCAUGGAGUUUUACGAGUCCCGCAACGCUUACAAGCAGUGCGACGAGGUGGAGCCCGAGCUGGAACAGGUGUUGCCCGAGAAAGAAGAGCCGGACCCCGAGCGAGGUCAACAAGAGAAUAUGCCGCGCCUUCGCGGCCUGGGAGACAAGCUGGACUGCUUCAAGGCCAAGUACUUCGACGAGAACCCUUUGGACAGUCCGUUGUUCGCCGAGAAGACAGUGGAGGAGCCAACCCCGCCCACGGAAUUGGAUCCCGUCAAGUUCGUAUCCAAGGUCGUGCUGCUGCCCGAAGAAGACGACGACUACGUGGUGCACCAAGCUUCCAAGAAGCCGGAACGCAACGGUCGUCAAUGGAGGAGCAGGAAACCUCAGCACUCGAUGCAGGAGUCGAUUCGCGUCAACUACAGGCAUGACCCCAAAACUGGGAAAGGUAGAAACGCUUACCUGCACACGGUGAGAAGUUCGAGGCCGCCGAGCGUCGCGGUGAAGAAUCGCAGACCGAAGCCGAGGAGCCGCGCCACCACACUGUCGCCAAAGUCCGACUACCAAACCGAAUUUUACCAGAAUCAGGUGUAUGAGGACGUGAUGGGCAACAUCAGGAACAUGGCGCAUAGUUACCAGGUCUACGAGACGACCACCUUGCCGCCUUCCACGCAGAUCCAGAUCGCGGGCAACGAAGAUGCGCCGAAGGUCGCGGAUGACACGCGGGAUCUCUCCAUGGAGAAGAACGCGACGGACGUCGUCAGCGUCACGUUCUCGGAGAUCAAAGGACUGGUGCCUCCGCCCAAGUACCAAGCUCCGAGGAGACUUGUGAAUUACAGGAAGCAGCGGCCGCUGGGUAAGAACAGGGUGUCUCUGCUGAGGGCGCCGAGCCUCCCUCGAAUCAUCGCUCACCAUCACGCCGUCAAGAUAAGCAAGAGGGACACUGGGAACUCCUCAGCAGUGACUCCUACGAAUGAUGAAGGCGAGCAGAAGACGGUCGAGAAGUCGACGGAAGCGAGUGGAAACGACACGGUCACCGAGGAAACGACGACCACCUCAAGCAAUUCGACGCUUGCGGCGAUGGACAUGGAGAUCGGGGAGAGUAGACUGAUGCACGCGGAGGACCAGAGUCCGUCGUCAACGAGGGUGGACGAACGAAAGAGAAGAAGGCAGCCUGCGAGCAGCGACUCGAGGAGCGGAGCUCCUCAGAAGAUGGUUUACACCAUCCACGAUCGAAUCAGAUAUUCCAAGCCGAAGUGGGACGGCAGGGGCUUCGACAAGUUCAACACGAGUCUGAAGAGCGCGGACGUCGACAGCAGGAGGAAGGAACCCAGGUAUAAUCACCUGACGAGGAGGAAAUCUGUCGUCAACUCGCAGGUCGAUUCUACGACGCCAAGUUCUGCGAUCAACGAUGUCUCGGUCACUGAGAAUGCAGCGUCAUCGGCAGAAGGUGAGGAAAGUGGCACGACCCAGACUCAUCGCCCGGAACAGUCGAACGCGCAUGAAUCGGUCUACAACAGGAAGAUCGAGUACCCAGAAGCGACCGAGGCCGGUAAUCUCGAUAAUAUGAGGUCUGAAGGCAGCCCGAAGGAGACGAAGAAGCAAGAAGAGACGAUGAAUAUGACGAACGUGUAUCGCGUUUACGAGGACAUCAACGAGCACGUUCUUCCGCAGAGCAUGACGAAACUAGCGAGUCCUUUGAACUCGAAGGAAAUCCUUAACUUUCAAGAGUACUUGGAGUCCGAGCCGCCAGAAUACUCGGAAGCGUUCUCCGACGAGAUGGGGGUGCCAAUGAACAAACAUCGCGCGAUACACGAGUCGAAAGGCAGCGACGAGCAACAGAACGAGGAGACUGAUCGUUCUAAGAACAUGGCAACUUCGUGGGAAAAUGAUUCUCCGGAGAAGUCUGAAGAACAGAUGGAAAUGCUGAUGAAGAUGAAGACGAACGAUGGCUUCUCCGAGGACUCCUCUUCGAAGGAGGUGGAAAGCUCGAAGGACGACCGGACGUUCUUCGUAUACACGACGCGACCACCGUGGGUCACGGCCUACGACAAGACGACGUCCCGUCGUUUUCCAUUCUCAAGAUACAAAUCGAUGAUUAGGAAGAAACACAAGGAGCCGAAGGACAGCGACGAGGAUCCCAGGGAGGAGAACGACGAGACAAGGGAGGACUACUUGUUCCCUUGGCACGCUGACAGGGACAGUGACAAGAGCAAGAGACUGGAAGAUCUCGAGAGGUUCGAAUAUCCUUGGGAAAGGAGGGAGAGACUGGCUAAGGAACAGGCUAAGGAGCGAAGGAAGAAACGACAGCGGGAGAGGAAGUUCCGAAAGGUAGUCUUUGACGAAGACGAGGACGAGAACGAGGACGAAGAAGAGUCCAUGAGGCUCGAGAAGUCUGUUUACCCUUGGGAGAGAUACGAUGUUCCUUCCAAGCGUAAGCACGUGAACACCAGACGCGACGUCUCAUCCCGAAACACGAAUGACAGUGCGGAGGAGGCCAGCAGCGAGGAGUCAUUCGCGAGAUACAGCAGCAGGUACAGAAUAGCCGAUAACACGACGAUAAGGCCGUCCAGCGCGCGCGAGAUCGGCAGGUCCAUCAAGAAACUCCUGGAGGACGACUCGGACGAAUCCAACGAAGACUCCUCGAAAGAGGAGACUUCGAAGGAGAUCGAAGAUCACUCCUCUUCGGCCAGCCAGAAAUCACUUUCCUCGAGCCGCGGGAUCUCCAGAGGAACACUCGUGCCGGAAGACAUCACGCAGCCGCCGAGAAGGAAAUCAGACGGAGAAACCAGAAGAAGAAGAAGAAAAUACGACAAGAACGUUUCGAGCUCACAAUUUGACUCGAAGAAAUUGAAGAGCAAGCAGACUGAUGAGGAAGUAAGAGGGAAGGACAACAUUAACUCGACAGCUUCAGGCUCGCAAGCGGGAACAGUAGCGAGAAGCCAGCUGUACGACACCACGAAGAAAGCUUCUUCGCCGGCUCCUCCGUUACGUAAGAAACGUCGACGUGUAACAACGUAUCCGAGAACCCCGAGAAACAACUCCACGAUCUCGCCUGUUCAGUCCUCCACUAACGCCAAGAGAAGACGAAAGAGACCCCAAGUGUCGACCACAACGACAGCCACGCCUUCUUCGGCGGAUGUCGACCUUAAGACCAGCAAGUCAGAUUUCGCGCAUCUACGGAAGAGAUACUCAAUGGACGACGUCACGGAGACGAGCGGAUUGAAUUCCGCCGAGCAGAUUCCAAGCUCCGUAACCGCAACGGUCGAAGACAACGUGGAAGCGGAGACCUCGACCCCGAAAACGAGGACGAUCGAGCACCGCUCGAGAGUCUCAAAGGAGAAGAUCGUUACGAAGACGACGUACCCGGACGAGAUGGACUUCGACAUCGCGAAGAAGAACGCGACGUUCGAUCGGCCGGUGAAAAAACUCAAAAUUAGAGUAAGUCGCCGGAAGGGCAACAGCAAAUGGAAAAACGGCAACAAUGAAGAUUCGAGCGAUCACGAGAAGCCGACAAGACGAAAGGACGAAGGAGAAUAUGAUGUUCAGUCUGAGGAAGACGAUGUAAAGAGAUCGGAGAAAUCUGAUGUCGACAGAGGCGGCAACCCUGUGAAAGGCUUCGGCAUGAGGAAGGAAGAGGUUAAGAAGAUAAAUAAUUUUAGCAUUCUCGACGAGGAUGAUGAUGGUAGCGACGACUUUGGGGAUGCGCUGCCGUCAGAAACACAUGUUGUGAGUAACAUGAUGCGGAGCAUUCCAUCGAGACGCAGAAACGAUCGAGCGAAGGAGAGGAUCGGAAACGGUUCGACCAGAACGAACGAAGAAUGGCAGAAGGAAAUCAGCGGCGAAGAGAAGGACGAAAAUACGGCAGAAAGGUCGAGGUCAUUAUUAAAGGCCGGGUUUAUAAAGGACCCGGAACGCAGGCUAUACUAUUACGUAGAAAAUAAGUGAUUCUCUAGCUAGUACUUUUACUUUUUAAGCGCAAGAAAGCAAGCAUCUCCACGACCGUAGAACGGUGAAUAUACGUGGCGUUAAAAUCUUGAUGUGAAAAUCGGUGACUAUAUAAUAUUAUUACACAUUUAUGCCGAAUUAAUUGGUUGGUUUGCGCAGCGAGCGAUUUCGAAUGUUCAGCCACAAUGAAACAAUUGUAUUCUUACGCGAAGGAUCGCAGGUCAAAACGGCACAUGUACAUCGUUUCACAAAAUAACAACGACAUAAAAAAAUGCCGAUCGUCUCAUUUCACCCGAUGAACCUGAGAUUAUCAAUUAUAACAAGCCAGUAUUAUCAUUUAGUUUCCAGACUGUCGCGAAUAAAAAUGUUCGCCGUCCAAGCUUGCGGUUGAGUUCAGCUCAUCUUUUGCUUCACGCGCAAUUGAUAAUAAUAUACGAAAACAAACCGAGCGAAGCCUUUAGAGACUUAAGGAUUAUCAUAAUUCUCGUUUAAUUAUGCAGGAAUAUAAUUCAGGAAUUCGGGGUUAAUCAUUGAGACGAUAAUUACCUCCGCCGAGAGCGGACGCUUUGAAGAAGAAAGAAAAAUAAUAACGAAGAAGACACGACGCGACACUCGCACUCUCGCAGUUAACCACAACACGCACGAUAUCUCCUCGAUUUGUUUGUUUAACGGCUCACCGUGUCGCAUAGCGUAUCCCAGUUAAUUAGUCGUUGAUUCCAGAGAAAGCGCAUUUUAGACACGGCCCGUUGCCAAUUGCGAGCCGACCAAGGAUGUUGUAACGAUUUCUUUCGUU